AUGGACGACGACGUCGCGUCCCGGCUGUCCGGCGCCAACUCCGGCGACGGCGGGCGGGCUUCCUGGGACGUCGGGGAGUCGGGCGCGUACGCGGCCGUGCGCGGCGUCAUGACCUCGGCGUACGCGCUGAUCGUGCUGGUGGGCGCGCUGGGCAACGUGACGCUGUUGAAGAUCUUGGUGGGCGCCAGCGCCAUGAGGAGCGUGCCCAACAUCUUCAUCGGGAGCCUGGCGGCCGGAGACCUGCUGCUGCUGCUCACCUGCGUGCCGGUGGACGCCUUCCGCUUCUUUUCCGACCGCUGGACGCUCGGGGAGGCCGCCUGCAAGCUCCUGCCCGCCGUGCAGCUCACCUCCGUCGGCGUGUCCGUCUUCACGCUCACCGCGCUCAGCGCCGACAGGUACAAGGCCAUCGUGAAGCCCAUGGACACGCGGACGUCCAGCGCGCUUUUGCGGACGUGCGCAAAGGCCGCCGCCAUCUGGCUGCUGUCCGUCCUGCUGGCCGUUCCGGAGGCCGUCUUCUCCCAGGUCGUCGCCAUGCAGGGCAGCGAGAACGUGACCUUCCUCAACUGCGUGCCGUACCCUCUGUCCGACCGGACGCACCCCAAGGCGCACGCCGCGGCGCUCUUCCUGGUCUACUUCCUGCUGCCGCUGGCCGUCAUUUCCGUGUACUACUACCACAUCGCGCGCACGCUCAUGCGCAGCGCGCGCGACAUGCCGGGCGAGGUCAGCGAGCACACCAAGAGACAGAUGGAGACGAGGAAGCGGCUGGCCAAGACGGUGCUGGUCCUGGUGGCUUUGUUCGCGGCGUGCUGGCUCCCCAACCACCUGCUCUACCUGUACCGCUCCUUCCGCUACCAGCAGACGGACGAGUCGCUGGCUCACCUCCUGCUCACGCUGCUGGCGCGCAUCCUCAGCUUCUCGUCGUCCUGCGUCAACCCGUUGGCACUCUACCUGCUCAGCGACAGCUUCCGACGACACUUCCAAAGUCAGCUGCGAUGCGGCGGCGAAGGCGGACGUCCCGACCGUCGGGCCAGCUACCUGAACAGCACGUCCCACAUCCGGCUCACCUCCAUCAGAAAGGCCGCGGCGACCGGCGCCGAGCGGCAGGAAGCGUGA